GAGGGGGCGCGCUGCUGUCCUUUGGGGUGCGCGCACACAACUCUGCUGUUGUAAUGUGAAAGCUGCGGUGUUCCUGCUGUGUGUAACCCGCUGGACACAGCCCGCCGUACGGACCCGGUUCGCUCCAGAUCCCCCGGCGGAAUCCCCUCUGCACCGGAGAGACUCCGCAGCCGAACCCCGCCGCAUGGAAAGCGUCUGGACUACAAAUGCGCGCACCACAACAAGGAGAACCAUGCCUAGCUGUAACGUUACAUCGCAUGCAAAUCUGUCACAUCCUGUCGUAUCCAUUACGACUUUGAUAUGAGAGGAAUCUGCGACGAGCAGUGAAGAAACAUCAGCCGCUGAAGGACGUUUGUUUCUGCUGCAGAUUUCUCUCUUGUGGAUCCGGAAACCUCUGCGUCUGGGAUUGUGUGCUUUUUUUGUUUGUUUUUUGAUGGAGCUGGAGAACAUAGUAGCCAACACUGUACUGCUUAAAGCCAGAGAGGGUGGAGGAGGAAAGCGGAAAGGGAGGAGCAAGAAAUGGAAGGAGAUCCUUCGCUUCCCACAUAUCAGCCAGUGCACUGAGCAGGGAAACGCCAUCGAGAGGGACUAUGUCAGCAUCUGUGAGAAACAGCCAAUCGGACGGCUUCUGUUCCGUCUUUACUGUGACACCAGACCCAAACUGCAGCGAUGCAUCCAGCUACUGGACGCAAUGGAAGACUACGAGGUGACACCGGAUGAAAAAAGAAAAACCCGAGGGGACCAGAUCAUCAAGACGUUUCUCUCAAAUCAAUCCCCUCAGCGUGUCGACAUAGCCGAGGUUUUUGCAGACCAGUGCAGAGAAAACCUGGAGCUCAGUCCAUGUAAGGAGAUCUUCAGCAACUGCCACAAGGUCGUCCACGACUACCUGAGCGGAGAUCCCUUCCUGGACUACCAGAACAGCAUGUUCUUCGACCGCUUCCUGCAGUGGAAGAUGCUGGAGAGGCAGCCCAUCACUAAAGACACGUUCAGACAGUACCGAGUGCUCGGGAAGGGCGGCUUCGGAGAGGUGUGUGCGUGCCAGGUGAGAGCGACGGGAAAGAUGUACGCCUGCAAGAAGCUGGAGAAGAAGAGGAUAAAGAAGAGGAAAGGGGAGUCCAUGGCGCUCAACGAGAAGCAGAUCUUAGAGAAAGUCAACAGCAGAUUCGUUGUGAGCUUAGCGUACGCAUACGAGACCAAAGACGCUCUGUGUCUGGUGCUGACGCUCAUGAACGGGGGAGACCUCAAGUUCCACACCUACAACAUGGGCACGCCGGGCUUCGAGAGGGACCGGGUCCAGUUCUACGCUGCACAGAUCUGCUGUGGACUGGACCACCUGCACCGGGAAUCCAUCGUCUACAGGGAUCUGAAGCCGGAGAACAUCCUGUUGGACGAUAACGGACACAUCCGUAUAUCUGACCUGGGGCUCGCCAUCAAAGUGCCUGACGGAGAGCCAAUCAGAGGCCGCGUGGGCACUGUCGGCUACAUGGCUCCGGAGGUGAUCAACAAUGAGAAGUACAGCAUGUGUCCUGAUUGGUGGGGCCUGGGCUGCCUGAUCUACGAGAUGACCGCCGGCCGCUCGCCGUUCCGCGCCCGCAAAGAGCGCGUGAAGCGGGAGGAGGUGGAGCGGAGGGUGCAGGAGGAAGAGGAGGAGUACAGCGACAAGUUCACGGAGGACACCAAGGCCAUCUGCAGAGCGCUGCUGACCAAAGACCCGAGGCAGCGGCUGGGCUGCCGGGCGGACGGAGCGGCGGGCGUUAAGGCGCACACGUUCUUCAAAAACAUCAACUUCAAACGGCUGGAGGCGGGAAUAGUGGAGCCGCCCUUCGUGCCUGAUCCCCGCGCCGUGUACUGUAAGGAUGUUUUGGACAUUGAGCAGUUCUCCACAGUCAAGGGAGUGAAUUUGGAUCAAACGGACACGGACUUCUACUCCAAGUUUGCUACGGGCUGCGUUUCCAUCCCCUGGCAGAAUGAGAUGAUAGAGACGGAGUGUUUUCGGGAUCUGAACGUGUUCGGGCCUCAGGGAACCAGACCUCCAGAUCUGGACUGGAACCAGCCACCAGAACCACCUAGACGCAGCCUGCUGGACAGGAUCUUCAGGAGACAUCACCCAGAGGUCUCCAUCUCCCACAGCCGUGUGCAGUCUUCCAGUGUAAACUCUGUGGACUCCAUGUCCAACUCUGCCCCCUAGUGACAGUGUGACACACACACACACACACACACACACACACACACACACACACACACACACACAAAGGGAAGGUGCUCCCAGGGGUUUCCUCGCUGCUGAUUGGUCCCUGAGCCGGAGACCGCCUGUCUAACAGUCAGCCAAUUGGUGGGUUAGCUUACGGGCCCUCAGGACUGGCGAUGGCGGUGAGAACAGCUGAUCUUCAGGGGAUCCACUGUAACCUAAAGAGCGCCACCGGGAAGAGAAGACAAACGGGUCUUGGUGAAUUUUUUGGGUUUUUUUUCCAGAAAAGGAAUUUGUUUUUCACAAAUUUUUAGUCUUUCAGUCUCUUGGCUGUAUGUCGUAUCUCUCCAUCUACUGUAUGUACACCGCUAACUCAUUUCUUUCUCUGCAUUUCCACAUUUAUGCCAACGUGAUUAACAAAAGAAGAUCCUGUAAGUCUUUUAAAACUUUCUCAGAGUAGUGAGUUGGUAUCUUAAAAUAUUUUGUAUAUUUUGAGAAAGCUCAUUAUUUCGAGAUACUAUCGCUUUGGCUACACUGCACGCGUAACGUAUGCAGAACAUUAGCGGCGUGUUAGCGGGGCGUAUGUUGACCGUUAGCGGACCGUUAGCGGAGCGUAUGUUGACCGUUAGCGGAGCGUAUGUUGACCGUUAGCGGAGCAUAUGUUGACCGUUAGCGGAGCGUAUGUUGACCGUUAGCGGAGCGUAUGUUGACCGUUAGCGGAGCGUAUGUUGACCGUUAGCGGACCAUUAGUGGAGCAUAUGUUGACCGUUAGCAGAGCGUAUGUUGACCGUUAGCGGAGCGUAUGUUAACCGUUAGCGGAACGUAUGUUGACCGUUAGCGGAGCGUAUGUGCCGCUGAAUGUAUCUUUUAACCGUCUCCACCUGCAGCGCCACACGGCGUAGGAUUGUGUGAGUCACAGGCGAGACGGAGAGCUUUUGCUUUGGGAUUGUUGUUUUUUCUUCAGUUAUAAGUCAAGAGAUACAGACAGAGAUACAGACAGGCAGGCAGGCAGACUCUCUGUCCGGUGUAAACAGUUUCGUUGAUUAUAGCGGCAGCGUAUUGUUGGAACAUUGCACACGUUACGCUGCUAUGUAGCCGGCCCAGAAGGCAUUAUGAUGACUUACGGGAUCUUUUUUUUUUAAAUAAUAUUGGCAGUAAUUGGCUUCCGUAUAACCUCCCAUACCUCAGAUCACUCCGAAACAUUCAGAAUACAUCGCAUUGCGUAUACACUCAGGCCAAAGAUUACACUUUAUUUUGUUUUGUGAUACUUUUGUCAUGUUAAUUUCUUGUUUUUUGAACCGCAGAAUGAUCCGAAGCCUCUUCCAUUUUAUACUCUCUCUCUCUCUCUCUCGCUCUCUCUCUCUCUCUCUCUCUCUCGCUCUCUCUCUCUCUCUCUCUCUCUCUCUCGCUCUCUCUCUCUCUCUCUCUCUCUCUCUCUCUCUCUAAAUAUGAGCCUGCAGACAUAUCAUAUGCUUAAAGCACACAUACACACAGUACAAACGUUCAGGGCUGGGUUGAAUGCAGAGGGAAUGAGAGGGAGGGUCA